AUGGCACCCUCGCGUCUGAACAAACGACGUCGACUCACAGACCGCAAUUCUAAUAUUCAGUCGCAAGGAGCCCCGCCAUCUCAACGCAACGGGGAUACCAGAUACUAUGAUCCAGAUCAAGAUGCUGAGGAACGGCGACGCGUGCGGAGAGAGCUGAGGGAUUUAAACAGAGCACUGAACGACUCACGAGGCGAGUUCAUGCAAUCUGGAAAUGACGGUCUUUUCAGGACGGUUGAAAAGGCAAAUGAGAUUUUCGUUCAAGUGAAGCAGACCUCCGACGCUACGAUCGAUUCUCGCCUCCUGGUUAAUGCUGCAGACCUAUCGCACAAGAAAACCGCCCAACUUGCCCUUGGCGACGCCUCCGCUGGACUCGACGUCGAUGAGUUUGUCUCGAAGUGUAUAUCGUUCAUGCGCCGCGGACCUACCAACGAUACGGGUACACCACGCGGGACGCAAGGGCGUCGAGGACGACCUCGCCAAAGCCAGCGCGACCCAUAUGCGAGCGAUGAAGACGAAGGCGAUGCAAUGAACUGGGACUACCUGGGUCAGAUGGCCUGCUUCCCACAUAAUGCCAGACCAGUCGUGUCAGGAUGGUUAUUGGGCCCGCUCUCGGUGCAGAAACGUGUGCGUGCAAUGACCCAGCGUCAAGCAAGAGAAGCUAUCGAUCCGGAAUUGGCCGUGAAACCCACGGAAUUGCAACAGCAGGAUCUCGGUCAGCAGGAUAGCGUCAAUCUGACAACGACGUGUUCUUAUAUCAACAAGCUGCUAGGGGAAACCCAGCAAAAUCGUGAAAGGAAAGCCGAGAGAAAGCUCGCGGAUGUCGAAAAUCCCACCGAUGACCAGAUCCAACAGGUGUUCGACGAGUGUGGUAUCGCUGACGACGGCGGAAUCCCCUUGUUCGCCUUCUGCAUCGACCCAGAUUCAUUUGGACAGAGUGUCGAAAACCUGUUCCACGUGAGUUUCCUGGUCCGUGAUGGGACCGUCGGUAUAUCCACAGAUAGUCGCCAGUUGCCGACGCUUCACCCCGCGAAACCCUAUGCGCCUAGUGAAGCCCAAAGGCAGGGAAUUCAAAAACACCAGGCCGUGUUCAGCUUGGAUUACGAAACGUGGGAACAACUCAUCCAGGUGUUUAAUAUCAAGAAGCCAAUCAUCCCUCAUCGCGAAGAGAUCGAGGGAGAAACCGGCAUGAGCUGGGUCUAG